CUGGACGGAUGCGGAAAAACAGCAGCUUGCAGAUGCGGUGGAAGAGAGUUAGAAGAUGGGCGUUCUGGACACUGUUGCCUUCACGAGGACUAUCCGAAGAGUGCAACUUGGAAUCCAGUAGCCGUCGAUUAUUUCGCCACUAGUUCAAUAGAACGACCACCAUCAUGACUGCUGUUGUUAGGGAUUCUGCCCGAGUCCCAGUAAGAGUUGCUGGUGAUGGCAUGGAAACAGAGAAAACGCCAUCUACCUUAGAAGUCAGUACAGAUACGCUGCCUUCAGGUCUGGCAGCCGUUCCUGUCAAGGCAGCAAGCCCCAAACACAACCCCAAGUCUUCCAUUCCUCCUCCCCCUAUUGCCCCACAACCUCUUGGUGUGCUCCAUCUGGGCAAGGUGAGUAGGGAGGCCUGCACGGAGGUUGAGGCCGUAAGAAUCAUCAUUCCCAGAGCUGCCAUAAGCAGGAAUAGCAGGGUAACUGAGGCGAAGGGAGACUCUGGACAUCAGGUGGAAGAGCGAAGUUCAUCCCCGCAGCCAUCGGUGGAUGAUUGGCGAGGACAGCUAGAGAAGCUUCAGAACUCUGAACGCAGGCUGCUACAAGACAAGGAAGGUCUUUCCAAUCAACUGCGUGUGCAGACAGAGGUGAACCGCGAGCUCAAGAAACUUCUGGUGGCAUCCAUGGGUGAUGACCUUCAGUACCAAUUUGAGCGUCUUGCGCGUGAGAAGAAUCAUCUGAAUUUGGAGAACGAGGCUUUGGGUCGAACUUUGUCACAUACAGCGGAGCAACUGGAGCGUAUGAGUAUACAGUGUGAUGUCUGGAGGAGCAAGUUCCUGGCCAGCAGAGUCAUGGCAGAAGAGCUGACAAAUUCCAGAACAGCUCUGCAGCGUCAGACCAGAGAGGCACAAGUAGCCAUUCAGGACCUAUUGUUGGAAAGAGAGGAGUUCUCAAGGGAAAUGGUGCUCACUCACAGAUCUCUGGAGCAGCUCCUGGUGUCUCUGCAGUGGGGCAGACAGCAGACCUACUACCCCAGCGCACAGCCGCUCAGCACAGGAGAGUUGGCGGCAGCCAAUCACAAGUUAGCAGAUGCCAUCAACUCUCACCUGUUAGGCAGCAUUGUGGUCAACGGCAGCAGUGCGACAGCUGAUCAGCUUUGUAACACACCAGCAGAAAAGAUGGCUGAGAAGGUUUUGAAAAUUUUAGAUCCCAUCUCCUGCACAGAAAACAAGGCAGAUUCUUCACUUAAUGACUCAUCCCCUUCAAACUUUCUGAGCAAUAAGAGCAUUGGCAGGUUCCACCCAUACACUCGCUAUGAGAACAUCACUUUCAACUGCUGUGAACGCUGCUCCGGAGACAUCCUCGUGCUGUAGAUGAGUGUCAUCAUUUCAAUCUGGGACAGCACAUCACCAUGCAUUCUAAAAGACCAUAUAGUAUUUUGACAGUGGCCUGCUACAUCCUUUAGUCCCCCACCCCAAAAAAUGAUACAAUUAAUAUUUUUAGCCAAUUAUUUAUAGUAUCAAAAUGUCUGCUUUUAAAUAAUUGCCUGUCAAGCUCUGUAUUGAUACUUUGUCUUCAAUCACAUUGGUACAUUUUCUAUAUUGAGUGCUGCAGGAAUGGGAGAAAUUGUAUGUUUUUGACCAUCCUCCUCUCAUCACAGGACUUCUGUGAGAAUUUGAUGUUUUUUUUUUUUUUUUUUUAAUUCAAGAUUUGAUUUUGUCUUUGGAUGAAAAAAACCCUCGUGUCCCAAUUCAUGAUCUUUGAAUUAUUUAUGAUAGGUGUAUUGAUCCUGAUCAGGGAUAAUCUGUGAACAUUUGUGAUCAUGUUUUGGAAUUAUUUUUGGAUACUGAAAAAUGUUUACUCACAGCAGUUAAAAAUAUUUUUGCUGCCAUUUCAGAAAGUUCUUUUUUAACUGUAAGACGCAACCUCCAAGUUUUACAUUUGUUCAUAUUUAAACUGCAUUGGACUAAAAAAAUGCAAAUUUCCACUUUGUAUUAUGGGCUAUUUAAAGCAAAUGACGUGCAGCUCAUUAGCCUGUAAAAAUCCACAAAUAAGGUGUACUGGGCUAUAAGCCGCAGGUCUCAAAGGGUGGGGGGAAAAAUUCGCUGCCUAUAGUUUGAAAAUUACAGUAUAUCUAAUGACCUACUGUUAUGUGUAGGACACUUAAACUUGUAUUUAUCUUGUUGUGUUUUGUGUGUCUGAGCGGGGGUCAAAAGACUGGACGCGGUUAUGUUUUUUUUUUUUGGGUGGGGUGUAUUUUAAUAAAGACCAAAGUUCUUCUGUACAAACCGUCUGUUGAGAAGAUUCUUUACAGAAAAGAAACCGGAAUACCCCAGAACUACAGUGUAUCCAUGAUUUUGUUCACUUUAAUGACAUUCUUGCAAAUGUAGAUGUGAGACAAUUUGUCC